UGUUUACCAGAAGAGCAUAAUAAGGGCCGGUCUGACUGCAAGGCUGGGAACUAGAAGACAAAACUGCUGCCAAGGAGACCCCAUUCGGACACUGGCUGUUCAGUCACCUGCAAGCCGGAAGAGGCGAGGAUGCUGUUGGCUUGGGUACACACAUUUCUUCUCAGCAACAUGCUUCUGGCAGAAGCCUAUGGAUCUGGAGGCUGCUUCUGGGACAACGGCCACCUGUACCGGGAGGACCAGCCCUCGCCCGCGCCGGGUCUCCGCUGCCUCAACUGGUUGGCCGCGCAAGGCAGCGGCGAGUCGCUCGCCCAGCCCAGCCCCGGCAACCACAACUACUGCCGGAACCCGGACCAGGAUCCGCGUGGGCCCUGGUGCUACAUCAGCAGCGAGACUGGCGUCCCUGAAAAGCGGCCCUGCGAGGACUUGCGUUGCCCAGAGACCACUUCCCAAGCACCACCACCACCACCACCGUCCUCUACAACGGAGCUGGAAGAGAAGUUUGGUGUGCCCGGUGACAAAGAGACACAGGUGUUCCCUCCUGCUAACGCCCUGCCAGCCAGGAGUGAGGCGGCAGAGGUGCAGCCAGUGAUCGGGAUCAGUCAGCGUGUGAGGAUGAACUCCAAGGAAAAAAAAGACCUGGGAACUUUGGGCUACGUGUUGGGCGUUACUAUGACGGUAAUUAUCAUCGCUAUUGGAGUUGGCAUCGUCUUGGGCUACACUUACAAGAGGGGGAAGGACUUGAAAGAGCAACAUGAGCAGAAAGUGUGUGAGAGGGAGAUGCAACGAAUCACCCUGCCCCUGUCUGCCUUCACCAACCCCACCUGUGAGAUCAUGGACGAAAAGACCAUCAUUGUGCACAGCAACCAGACUCCUGCUGAUGUGCAGGAGGGCAGCACCCUCCUCACUGACCAGGCUGGCACCCCCGGGGCCUGAGCCCCUGCAGUGGGCAGGUGCCCACAUAGACACUGGUACAGGACAAGCCACCCUCCUGCAGUUGGGAGGAGCUACAUUUUGUGUUGUGGUUAAAACCUUAUCCCAUUUUUCUUUCGGGGGGAAUGUGACUCCUCAUGACACAAGAAGCAGCAGGUAGCAUCAAGGGCGAGGCUGGGGAGGGUCCUAUCAAUGCUCCUUUUCUAUCCCUUAGAGCAGGAUUUGCCUGCGGAGAGAGACUGGCACAGCGGCCACAGUGGUGCUGUGGCAAAUAAGGGCUUCCACAUUGCCUGGGCCAGGGAGACAGGGAGCUCGCUAAGGCUCCUCUGUGCUAUAAACUGAAGGUGGUCUCAGUCUCUGCCUUUGCCAUCCAGGAACUUGAGUGGCAUAUACUGUUAUUCAUAGUUAAGGUCAAGCAUUAAAAAAACAAAACUAUAUAUUUACAUAUAUAUUCAUGUGAAUAUAUAGAUGUAUAUGAAUGAAUGAAAUAUUUGGCUGGAAGUCCCUUCUGACUUCUAAGAACCAGAGAUGAAUUUGUACUAAAGCUAGAAUUUUGGGCUGCAAGUGGGUUCUAAUGGGGACUGCUGGGCACGCCCCACUUGCUGGCAGCAAUGUGCCUUGACAACUGUGGGCUGGUCCUGGGCCCAAGGGUCCCUUCCUGUUUUGUAAGGAAAGGGAAGAAUUGCACUAAACCUUCCACUUAGGUGAAGGGCCCACUUCUGCCUUCAGCCUCACGCAGUAGAUCUGAAUAUCCAGACUUGUCUUUUCGGGGAUGGAUUGAGGAACCUCUCCACUUUGUGUUGAUAAGAAAAUAGCCAGCCAACCCUGGGAAUUACAUACUUCAGGGUCUAGUGACCUGCAUCUGAAAGGUGAGCCUCAAGACUAAGCCAGAGGCUGGGUAACAAAGGCACGGUGGGUGGGGCUGGCUUUGUAGUCCAACCUGGCUUGCAGGCAGCCCUAAGGCCUGGGACAGCUCCUUCCACAAGGUUAAGGGUGUAACUGGUACAAAACAAUCACUGAAACACUGGGAAGGACCCAAAGGGUUUUCCAGAGAGGGAAAAGCAGCUUCUGAGUGUCCUGCCGAGAGCGCCCAGUCUCCUGGCCUUGGCAGUGUCCCCACCAGGAGCCCCUCUACUCCUGACACUGAGAGCAGGCCUCACCAGGCUGCUCUCUAGAGCCAUUUGUUGAGGGGGCCUGGACCUCAGGGUUCCCACGGUGGUGCUGACUGUGGGAGAGAACUGAACAACUUCCUACUUUCCUAUGAAAGUAUUUCUCUGUAUGUUUUAUAUACCUCAUUCUGACACCUGUGUAUGAACUGUGGCAAAUUGCUCUGCAUUCGACUUAUAUAAAUACAAUCAUGAUUUUACCUGGCA